AUGCAAAUAGCCAAGCUGCAUGCUGCCCGAAUAUCCCAGCAGCAGCUCGCGCCAAGUACGGGCCUGGUUUGUCUGACGGACGGCAGCCAGCUCGGUCUGUCCCCAAUGGAGCGGCAUUACUUGAACUAUUUCCGUUCGCACACGUCCGUUCAAUGUGCGGGUCUUGCAUUCGAUCCAUUUUGGCAGAUGCUCGUUCACCAGGCGAGUGAAAGUCACCCAGCAGUACGCCACUCGGUCAUUGCGAUCAGCGCGUUACAUCGCCAAUUUUUAGAUCCGACAUCUUACCAGAAUGAUAUAUUCUCUAUCAAGCAAUGCAAUAAAGCGAUCGCUCACCUGCGCGCUGACUUCGGGAAAAAUGAGCCCCUGAAAUCAGCACAGAUUGAGAGAAUAUUGAUUGCAUGCGUCGUUCUCAUUACGUUCGGACUGUUUCAAGGAGACGUCGCAACAGUUCGCUGCCAUCUUCGAACGGGGACUCGACUGCUAUAUGAGUGGAGAAAGACGAAUGGCAAGAGGAGCGUGCUCACAUCGGUUCUUCUCCACACGUUUGUUCAGCUCCACAUUCACUGGGGAACAGCCACGGCGUUCCGGGAUUACCUUGGGGGCGAAUUUGCAUACAUCGGAGACCUCAUGUCCGAUUAUUUGGCUGAAAUAUCCGAUUUUGCCGACGACAAUGAACAAGCAAAGACCACACUCUUGCUGUCCGUCCGAGCUUGGAUUGUGAUGAUCAACAAUUGCACCCUGUCCCAGGAACCGCACCCUAGGUUUCUUGAAAUGGAAAAUUUUCUGUUAGGUUCGCCGGCAAAUGAAAACAACCCCUUCCAGUCUCAAAUCGAGCGCUCUGUGGCAGAGAAAGAGCCGUCCGCCAUUCAGCAGCGGGCCCUGCUAAUGGUCAAAAUAAAUAUUGAAACCUUCCGCAUCUUGCAUACCUCCGUCAGCUACGCAGGAGACGAAAUGGGAUGGGACAACCUCCUUCCACACUUCAAAAACAUUGUGGAUGCAGCGGAAGCUCUCCUAUCAUCAUUCAACCAAUUACCGGACUUCACAUUCUCCAUCAAGGAAGGAUGUAUCGGCUCUUUGUUGCUUUGUGGGUUCAAGUGUCGGGAUUGGACCAUCCGCCGAAGAGUGCUGGAUCUUUUUCAAAAAUACAAUCGACGAGAAGGCGUUUCCUCUUCCGCCGAAUCCAUCGCUGUAUUAAAGCGAAUUUAUGAGCUCGAGUCUGCUGGAGAACCGCUCCGCAAUGGGGUACCGGCAUGCGAUCGCAUCACCAUGGUGAUUGUGGAGGAGCAUGCAAAUCAUUCACACGCAGUUCCAACAGUCCGUUUCAAGUAUCUGGACCGCAAUCGAGAAUUGCAGAGAGAGAGCUUGAGGCUUUGA